CAGAGCUCUGUGGCUUGGGCUUCCCAGGCAGAUAGAAAAGAAGGUGGAAGUUGGAGAACCCUAGGCCUGACAGCCGGAACCAGAGGCUGCUUGGGAGCAUCAUGGAGUACCCACUGGGAGGCUGGCAAAGCACACAGGCUCAGUGCUGAGGAGAGGGACCAGCUGCUGCCAAACCUGAGGGCUGUGGGUUGGAAUGAGCUGGAAGGCCGAGACGCCAUCUUCAAGCAGUUCCAUUUCAAAGACUUUAACAGGGCUUUUGGCUUCAUGACAAGAGUGGCCCUGCAGGCUGAGAAACUGGACCACCAUCCUGAGUGGUUUAACGUGUACAACAAGGUCCACAUCACCCUGAGCACCCACGAAUGUGCAGGCCUUUCGGAGCGGGACAUAAACCUGGCCAGCUUUAUUGAGCAAGUAGCCGUGUCCAUGACCUAGGCCCAGCCAUUCCUCUUUGAAUUCUUCAGGGAAAGGGGCAAAUGAGCUGGAAUUCCAGAAAGAGGGAGCGGGGGACCCCCAAAAUGCUGCUACAGUCAAAAUGGCCACAUCCACCCUGCUGCCUCCAUUGAGGGGUGAGUCCUUGCUGUGGAAAGAGAUGCCAGUGUCACUGCCAACACCAGGAACUGAGACUUUUUCCCUGUACCACACUCUCUCUCCAUCCUUGGGGCUCUGUUCAGUGUACAUUAAUUUGAAUAAGAUCUUCUUAUUCUUUACAACUUCCCAGCAACAGUCAUGAUUUUCUUUCCAAGCGGUGUCUUGCUCCCUUUCUAUUUCCCAAGAAGCUGUGAUAGAAGCUGUGCCUAAGACAAGACAAAAUCUUAUCUUAGAAACCAGAACCCUAAAGCCAACCCCAUCCUAUGUGAAACACAUGUACUUUUAUGCCUCAAAUAAAACUAUUGUUUCACUUGGC